CCGCUGCGGGAGCGAGGCGGCUGCGGCGAUGGCGGCGGAGCGGGGCCGCCUGAGCUUCCCGGGCGGCGCCGGGGUGUUGAGCCGCCCAGUGCCCAUGAACCUAUUCGCCACCUGGGAGAUCGACGGCUCCAGCCCCAGCUGCGUCCCCAGGUUGUGUACCUUGACUUUAAAGAAACUGGUCGUCUUAAAGGAAUUGGAUAAGGAGCUCAUUUCUGUGGUCAUUGCAGUCAAAAUGCAGGGCUCGAAGCGAAUACUACGGUCUCAUGAAAUUGUGCUGCCACCAAGCGGACAUGUGGAAACUGAACUUGCUCUAACUUUUUCACUACAGUAUCCUCACUUCUUGAAAAGAGAAGGCAACAAGCUUCAGAUCAUGCUGCAAAGGAGGAAGCGAUACAAAAACCGAACGAUUCUGGGCUACAAGACUUUAGCAGUGGGCUCCAUCAACAUGGCCGAGGUGAUGCAGCACCCGACUGAAGGAGGCCAGGUUCUGAGUCUUUUCAGUAACAUCAAGGAAACCACGGCCAAAGUAGCAGAGAUCUGGAUCUUCUCACUGUCUAGUCAGCCAAUAGACCACGAAGACAGCACCAUGCAGCCUAGCCAAAAGAUCAAGUCCACAGAUAACUAUUCUGAAGAAGAGUAUGAGAGCUUCUCUUCUGAGCAGGAAGCCAGUGAUGAUGCUGUCCAUGGACAGGAUUUGGACGAUGAUGACUAUGAGCUGGGCAAGCCAAAGAAACAGCGGAGAUCGAUAGUAAGAACGACGUCCAUAACCAGGCAACAAAACUUCAAGCAGAAAGUGGUGGCGUUGCUGAGAAGGUUUAAAGUAUCUGAUGAGGUUCUGGAUUCAGAGCAGGACCCAGCAGAGCAUGUGCCAGAAGUGGAGGAAGACUUGGACCUUCUGUACGAUACAUUGGAUAUAGACAACCCCAGUGACAGUGGCCCUGAAAUGGAAGAUGACGACAGUGUCCUCAGCACUCCUAAACCAAAGUUAAAGCCGUAUUUUGAAGGCCUGUCACAUUCCAGCUCUCAGACAGAAGUUGGUAGCAUCCACAGCAUCAGAAGCCAAAGAGAGCCAUCAAGUCCUGUAGAAGUGCCUGAAAAGACGAAGAGCCUUGGAAGCAAACAUCCAAGUGACAGUAUCUCCGACACUGUGUCUUACGAGCCUAGCCAGCAAGACUCCCAGGAAGCAGAACUCUCCACGCUGGAUGUGUUCAUUGAGAAGCUCCCACCAAGUGGAAAAAUCACCAAGACAGAGUCUCUCAUUAUUCCUUCCACCAGCAGGCCAGAAGGGAAGCAAACUGGUCGUCGUGGCAGAAGCACUUCACUGAAGGAAAGGCAGCCAGCGAGGCCACAGAAUGAGAGGGCAAACAGCCUGGACAAUGAGCGCUCUCCAGACACCAGGCACCACCUGCAGAUUCCAAGGAAAACUGUGUACGAUCAGUUGAAUCACAUCCUGAUUUCUGAUGACCAGCUACCAGAAAAUAUUAUUCUUGUCAAUACUUCGGACUGGCAGGGCCAGUUUCUCUCAGAUGUCUUGCAAAAACAUACCCUCCCUGUGGUCUGUACAUGCUCUUCUGCUGAUGUGCAGGCGGCUUUCAGUACGAUUGUCUCCAGGAUACAGAGAUACUGUAACUGCAAUUCUCAGCCUCCAAACCCCAUUAAAAUUGCAGUGGCCGGAGCCCAGAAUUACCUCAGUGCUGUGUUGAGGCUCUUUGUAGAGCAGCUGUCUCACAAAACCCCGGACUGGCUCAGCUACAUGAGAUUUUUGAUCAUCCCACUAGGUUCUCAUCCAGUGGCGAAGUAUCUAGGCUCUGUAGAUUACAGGUACAACAACUUCUUCCAAGACUUUGCCUGGAGAGAUUUGUUUAAUAAACUUGAAGCACAGACGAGUGUUCAGGAAACACCAGAUAUUGUCUCCAGAAUAACCCAGUAUAUAGCCGGGGCAAACUGUGCACAUCAGUUGCCUAUUGCAGAAGCAAUGUUGACAUACAAACAGAAAAGCCCUGAUGAAGAAUCAUCCCAGAAGUUCAUUCCCUUUGUUGGGGUGGUAAAGGUUGGAAUAGUGGAACAGUCCUCAGCAACAUCAGGUGAUUCCGAUGAUGCAGCUCCCUCUAGUUCCAGUGUCCUUUCCUCUACCCCGCCUUCUGUGUCUCCUGCUGUGAAGGAAGCUUCCCCCACCCCACCUUCCUCGCCGUCUGUCACAGGCAGCUUCUCUUCCUCCAGCCAGACCCUUGGUGCUGAGCUGAUGGGACUGCAGGUGGAUUACUGGAUUGCAGCUCAGCCCAUGGAGAAGAAGAGAGACCCAGAAAAGAAGGACCCUUCCACUGCCAAAAACACACUCAAAUGCACUUUCCGGUCUCUCCAGGUUAGCAGGUUACCCACGAGUGGGGAGACCACCAGCACUCCAACGAUGUCAAUGACAGUUGUGACAAAGGAAAAGAACAAAAAGGUGAUGUUUUUGCCCAAGAAAACAAAAGACAAGGAGAUUGAGUCUAAGAGUCAAUGCAUUGAAGGAAUAAGUAGAUUGAUCUGCACAGCAAAACAUCAGCAGAAUAUGCUGCGGGUCCUAAUUGAUGGCGUAGAGUGGAACGAUGUGAAGUUCUUUCAGCUGGCAGCACAGUGGUCCUCCCAUGUCAAGCACUUUCCCAUCUGCAUAUUCGGACACUCCAAACCUAACUUCUAACCGCUUUCAGCAGGGCGGCUUUCUGCCCGUAUGGAGACUGCACACCCAGGAGCCAGGAAUCUGAGUGCCAACUCUGACUCAAGUCUGCUUGCUCUCUCCUGCAGAUUACUUACAGAUGCAUCUGGAUUACUUCUGAAUUACUUUUUUCUAUUAAUUCUUAAGUUUACUACAAGGGAAGGAAACCCCUUGAACAAAGCAAAAACCAGUCUUAAGUAGAAAUGUACCGAUAACAUGGAAAUUACUGGGAGAACUUCCAGAACUGGGGUGACCUGCCGAGGAAUUUAAGAGCAGAUAGCUGGAUAACUGCACUGCUUAUUAACCUGAAACCUCUUGGGUGUGUUUGCGGCUAAGUGUUCUGGAUUGGGCUUGAAUGGUUUUUGAGGGGCGAGUGGGAGGUAGUGGGAGAAUUAAGUGUUUUUAAAUGUUUAACUCUUCCACCCACCCCCCCACCACCACCCUGACUUCACAUGAAGAAAGUAGAGCCUGGUUCAUCACCAGAUAGUUCAGAUACCAAGAAUGUGAAAUACGUUGCGCUGUCUGCCAAAAACCAAGCUAAUAACUGAGGGAAACCCCAGGAUUCUCCACAGGUGAAGAAAUGCCAGAGGGUCAUUGUUUUAAGGCCAGCUACUGAAAUAAGCAGGCAUGUUCACUCUCGUGCCUGAUUCAGGUUGGGCAGAGACUGAAAUACAAAGUAUGAAAUGUCUGUCUGAGGAAUCCCAUUGCUCCAAGUCCAUCCCAAUAACCCAACCAAGCCAGUCACAACACCCCUGGAGCCUGGAGGUAGAUUUGAAGGACACCAGUUCAGUGGGGUUGUUGCUAUUUAGAUUUUCUCACAGAUUAUGUACAUCAAUAAAACCUUGCCCGGCCUCUCAAGAGAAUGGAUUUUUACAGGUGCAGAUUUUUUUUUAAUGCUUUUAAAAAAGAUUAAGUUGCUAAAAAAAGAUAACAGGAAAGAUGAGAUGCUAUCUAAUGAGUCAGGCAUUAGUGUACUGGCUAGUUCCUGUGCCCCUUCAGCCCUUACACAUGAGCAGCUGCAUUUUACACCAGCUACGUUCACACCCGCACAACAAAAGCACAUGUGCAUGUGAAAGCACAUACAAUACCAGCUCACAGCAAAUGUGCCACCUGCAUAUGUACAUCUUCUAGGCAGUGUGUACAAGGUUCCCCCCCCCCACACUCCAGAUGGGAAUCCCUUGUUUGGGGGACCCCUCCAGCCAUGCGAGGAGCUGCUGCUGCUGUUUCCAAGGCAGGAGGCCAAGUAGCAAAGCCAGCUCUGACAGCAGAGACAGAGAACUUUGGCUUGUCUGGACUGCGUUGGAAUGCCUCGUGCACGGAUUGUGUCAUCUGAGGGGUCUCUCAACUAUUCUAGUUCUUUGACUCCAGCACAAUGCACUGUUAGCCAGCUGGGCCACGUGCGGCCUUAGGAUCCAUCCGCCAAGGGGCCUGCCACAGAAAAUGAGGGUGGAGGAGUCACUCAGUGCCCCUGUACUUCCUGCAGCUAGCAGAACCCACCAUUCAGGGAUUAAGGAUUUACUGUGCAAAACCAGCCAGUGCCUGUGUGAAAUGCACUGGCCACUAUAGCCCUGCCCCUGAGCACUACUGCAGCUUACGAGUGGGAAGCUGUAAGCUGUGUAUGUUCUCCCUUCCCCCUCACUUAAAAUAUCAUUGUGCCAGCCCAUUCCCAGGGUAUACUAAAGCAGCCUGAAGGUUGCUCUGAUUUACAAUGUCAGUAGCCCUACAGGGCUGCGUCAGCAGCAUGGGAUCUCUGGAGCCAAAGGAGGCUCACCUACAGCUUUCCCCAUGUCUCCCACUCUCAUUGGUAGCUGGGUGUGUGGAUGGUGUAGGAGCUACUACGGCAACUCUCCUUGCUGGGAAUCCUGCCCUGACUUUAGGACGGAGCUUUGCUCUGUUGAAGUGUCAUCAAAGUGCUCUAACUGGAGGAACAAGCUCUAAUCUUCACCACACUCUUCUGGCAGCCGCACAUGGACUGAAAUUCCCAGGGGUGGAGCCUUUGCUUUGCCCAGAAAUCCUCCCCCAUCAACCCUGCAAGGAAUCACACUACAGCAAAGCCUGACAGCUUUAGUUGUCUGUAGCCCUGCUCUACUCCUCCGGGGGUCCCAGGGCUGGAUCUAUGGGGCCCCCCGGCAAUACAGCUCCAGGGAGGAGCCUCCAUGCAGAUGUUCCAAACCCAGUGGCUGAGGAGCUAGAGCUUGUUUGCUUUGCAGAGGAGCCAGCACCCCACCCUUGAAAUGAGCAGGGUGCAGCUGCAUAAGGGGAGCCUCCUGGGGGUUCCAGUCUCAUGGGCAGGCAUUCGCACUCCUCAGGCCCAUUUUCAGAGACCCCCGGAGUGGCUCCUUCUCCCACCCUCUCAAAGAGACAGCAAUACAUUAAGCAUUUUUCAGAGUCCAAAUGUUCUGGGAUAGUGACUGACUGAACGAAGAUUAAAUGGCUGUGGAGCCUGUUCCACCUUGUUUGUAGGUCACGCCCUGGGAAGGCGUGUCCUGCAGGAAGGGUUUCAUUGACUUGGACAGGACUUCAGUGGACACUGGGUGUGUGUUCAGCUAACAGCCCUGCUGAAGGAGUGAGGAUGACUGGCCCUAAAUGAGAACUGUGCCUCCCUCCUUCCCUUCCCAGUAAAGACGAGUAUCUGCAGAGCAAACAGUACAUGCACCUUCCCCUCACUGCUCAGUCUACUGGUUUAGACGUGUGUUUAAUAAGAGAGAAACUUCCUAGUGCGAUUUCAGCCAUGUCCAGGAAUCAACUCUCAUCAGACUGGCAGAGUCCUCAGCAGCCCAGCAAUACAUUCCUCUGAGGAGUCGGGCAGGUCAGCGCACAGGUCCAUACAUGAAUGCUGAUGCAGCUGUUGGGUUACUGUAAACUAUUCACUUGCUUAUGGCAGCCCUGAGGGGAGGGUAGGUUUCCCUCUAAAAAUUUGUAACAGGGGCAGAAAGAAUCUCUAGCUUCAGCAUAGUGCCAGCUGGAGCUUAGGAUCUUGCAAGGAGGCUUGCACCUUGCUCUGGGAUAGUGCAGCAUUGCCUGGUAGCCACAGCUUAGGAAUGAGCACACAAGCACAUCAGUGCUCUUUACUGAAGCUGUUGCCUCAGGACAAGCCUUUUAAUGAAGUCAGCAGUUCAGGUCCUUCCUUAAAUCCCUCUUCCCAUGUGCAAGUAGAGUAACUGAAAUCCAGUCUGAUUUCAGUCCCACAGCUUAUUCUACACCAGCACUCACAGAAAUCCUUGCUUGGCUUUCAUGGCCCCUGCAGCUCUGGAGAAGGCUUGGACUGGCCAUUUGCAAUAACUUUGUUUACCAGGGCAAUGAAGGAUUUGACGCUUAGCUUCUCUUUGUUUCUCAACCUACUGUAGAGAGACAAACUGUAGCCAGUAUGGUACUUCAUGGCUCCUGCUUAUCAAAUGUAUGUGGCCCCCGUCUUACCGUGUGUAACAUUUCAUGUGGGUUAGUUCUGUAUUUUAAUUACAUGUUAUGAAAUCUAAUUCACCAGGAAACUUUCUGCCUGCUUGGUACCCAAGCACUUGCAGACAGCGGAGUUUGUUUCCUCUGACAAGCUGCUAUUUGGCAGCACAGCCAUCUGCAGUGGGCUCUCUGCGGUAGCAAGGCUUCCAGGGAAACUCUCCUUGAACCCCCAGGCUGGAGUUUGCCAGGUGGCAGGACUGCACUGAUCUUGGGAAAGCUUCAUUCUUGGUGGUUCGUCAUGAGACUGCCCUGCCUCAUAGCCAACGGUUGGAGUUAGAUUCCCUGGGCUUUUCCUGGGAAUGUUUGUUAAAGUUUUAUACGGUGGUUACUUUCUCUGAGCUUCUUCACACAACUAACUUCGUCUCUGACCACUGGGAAAACAUUCUGGAAGUCUGAGAGUCGAAGCUGUGCCAUAACCGAGUAUUACAGCAAUUAAGCUGUGCAGACAAUGGGCUGCUCCGUAGGAAAUUAUUUUGAUAAAGCCGUGGCAGGAGCCUCCUCCCAUGGUGAGCUGAGCUGAGCUUGGAUCUCCCACAUGGUGCUCUUCAACCAACCACCAAUCCCAGGAUUCACAGGAAGUCACUCUGAAGAACUGGUCUGUGUGACAGCUUGCUGUGACUAUACCAUUGUGCACUCUGGGGCAGAGCUGACCAAUGGGAGGAGGUGCCAGUUCUUGUGCCUGCAAAGGGGCCAUCAGGAUAUUGGGGGGGAGGGGGCUGCUUAAUUGCCUUUGCCAUGAUGAGUGUAGAAAAUUGACCCUAAUGGAGCAAGAACCCCAGCACAGCCCCAGUUUUAAAACUCCUUAUGGAAUAAUGAAAAGAGACCUCCACAGGCCUCCACCAGAGUGUGACUCAAAGAAGGAAACUCAUUUGCUUUAUCUCAUUGGCCUGAACCAGCCUGCUUUAACCAGAAAUCUAGAUGUCACUUUUACUUUGGAUUUCUAGCAGUGAAUAGGCAGAGGGGUGGGGACAGAGCUGACUGCCUAGUUUUCGGCUGGUUGCAUGCCACCUCGUCACCUGUAAACCCCCCCCUUCCCUGCAGGAGGCCAGCAGACUGCAGCAAUCCCAGUGCAGGUGGGAAUGUACUGUAGUAGCGUACGUUUGAUUCCCAUUACACACGUUUGAUUCCCAUUACACACUGACCCAGACCCUGAUACUGACGGACUGCUCCAUGGAGCCCCAAACUGCGACUCAAGCACUUUCCUAUUGGCAAAGCUGACAUUCCCCUGUACUGGUGUUCUCUUGGGAAACUGGCCCCAGCCCUUCCUUGGAGGUGGGAUCUAAGGAGGCAUCCCUAGUAUGCUGGCCAAGAACUGGAGCUCUAGUUCUACACUUCCAUGGCUAAAUGAAAUGCAGAAGUCCACCAUGGCAAGCCAGGGAAUAUCCUUACUCGUAUUGAAUGCUUGCUGGGCUUGCAUUUGUUUUUCUUUGCCCUAAAGAAAACAGCUGCUGGAGCAGCAGUAUUCACUUAACCUCUGGCUUUCCAUUAAUUUCACCUGCAGUUAUCAAUUGCAUAUAAUCCAAUCACAUUUUUCUCAUCAACCCAACAACAGCCCUGUUGAGCCAUUUAUAUCUCAAAUUUAAGUAUAAAAUUCCUCUGUUACCUUGGUUUGAGGAUACUUAUCAACCUCCCCUUGGCUUCAUUUGCUGCUUUGAUUAGCAAGCCUUGUUGUCAUAUCCUAGAGAGGGUAUCUGAGGGUGGAGUAGUAGAAUAGGAAGUUUUUGUGGUUUCAUAUACAAUUGCCAUACCCACCUGUAGGCCGUUGACCCAGCUAAAAACCAAACUGACCAGCAUUGUUCUAUUAAUGUCACUAAAACACUCUUAUUGUCAUGUAUGUCCUGUUAGUCUUUGGCUAGCUAUCAUUACCAUCUUGGAUCAGUCUGGGCAGGUGUUGAGUACCAAGAAAACAUUCUAAGAAUAUUUUAUUUUGAGGAUUCAAGAAAUAGUACCAGAUGCCUUGAAACUUUUGUAAGCAAAACAUCUUGGUGAGACUAGAGAGCCUUUAUACUUUCCCUGUAGUUCGAAGCACUGAAAAGACGAGGGGUUCUCACUGUCAGAUGGGAGCUUUGUUUCAGCUCAGAUCCCAGGAAUGUAAAGUCUGAAAGAUCUUGGCAAUAGGAACAUCUUGGGGUGUUUUGUUUUCUUCAUAUUGUUUGCUUAGAGAUGCUGAGAUUACAAACCCUCCAUUCAGUGCACUUCUGUGUCCUGGCCAUUAGAACUGUGAGGACUCGCUAAAACUCUGGGUGCCCAGUAUGAGAGGUGACUAUCUGAGCACAGCAUCUCCCACAGACCUUCAAGUUCCUUGCAAAGUCAUGGGAGAACUGGAGUGAUGAGCUAUCCUGGGUUUCUGUGAAGGCUUUAGGACUUGAUGAUAGAGAGGAGGAGGAGGAGGAGGAGCCAUAGUUUUGCAAGUAGCAGGAUGUUAAUUCCUUUGAAAGGAAGCACAUCAAAAAUCCCUGUCAGGUUGGCUUUCCCUUCCCUACAGCCUGACAGAAGGAAUCCCAGAACUUAGUGUGUCUGACUCGCAUGCAAGCGCGUCUUUACUCGGAGCACUCUUUAGGAAGCACCUUGCUAAGUGUGGGUAGAUUAGUGUGUGAAAUUGUCACAUGUGCUGCAAGCACUGCUCAGACUAUGUCAAAUGAAGGGAUGUUACCACUGUAGAUUUCUAAGUUGUCCAUCUGUUUCAUUGUUGUAUUGUUUGGGUUUUAGGUUUUAUAUGAAGACAAAUUAAAUGUAAAUAGCCUUUUUUGGAACGAACUGCAAUGUGCGCAGCCUCAUCAACUAUUUUAUGGUACUAAUGCAACACUAAUAAAACUGGACAUGA